UUCGUUUUGUUGGUGUUUGGUGGACUAUUGUGUAUUGACAGAAACGUGCGCAUGAAUUGCGAUUUAAUAUUGGAUAUAUAAAAUAUCAAUAAAGUUGCAUAAGUAAUACUGUUUGUCGUUUAUAGAAAAGACUUAAUAUAAAAAUGAGUAGCGAUCCUGAAAAGUUUGAUUCCAUGCUUCUUGCAAUGGCACAACAACAUGAAGGUGGUGUUAAAGAUCUACUGGGAACAAUAGUUAGUUUCUUAGCAAGAAAAACUGAUUUCUUUACCGGAGGUAAAGAUGGAGAAUGGGAAAAGAUAGUAAAAGACACGUUUUAUAAACAUGCCAAGAAAGCUCAAGAGGAAGCCGAUAAAAUAAAGAAAGAAAAAGAAGAAGCUGACAGAAGGCUUAAGGAUAUUCAGCAGAAAAAAGAACAAGAACGUCUAGCACGAGACUUUGAACCGGCUACUGUGAAGGAACUUACAGAAGAAGAAGCCGUUGAGUUACAAGAGGAUAUUGAUAAAGAUAAAAAGAAUAAAAAUGAAAAUGGCAGUGGUGAUGUUGCCGCUAGUGACACUGAAAUAGCAGAUGCAGCUGAGGACGAUGAUCCUAAGGAAAAAGGCAAACUAAAGCCGAACUCUGGCAACGGCUGUGACCUCGAACAUUAUAGAUGGACCCAAACUUUGGAAGAAGUUGAGCUUCGCGUACCAUUACGUCAAGUUCUUCGUCCUCGUGACCUGACGGUGAUUAUUAAUAAGCGGCACCUCAAAGUGGGAAUUAAAGGGCAACCGCUCAUCAUCGAUGGAGAAUUGGAUUCCGAUGUCAAAAUUGAAGAAUCCACUUGGGUGCUACAGGAUGGACGUAAUUUACUCGUCAAUUUGGAAAAGGUUAACAAAAUGAAUUGGUGGAGCCGCCUCGUCACCACCGAUCCCGAAAUUUCCACUCGGAAAAUCAAUCCAGAACCAUCGAAAUUAUCGGAUUUAGACGGAGAGACAAGAGGGCUGGUUGAGAAAAUGAUGUACGAUCAAAGGCAAAAAGAAAGGGGACUACCGACCAGCGAGGAACAGAAGAAACAGGAUGUACUUAAGAAAUUUAUGGAACAACAUCCGGAAAUGGAUUUCUCGAAGUGUAAAUUUAAUUAAAGAUGAAUAAACUUAAACGUAUCCAAUAUUUCGAUGUCGACGAGCUAUGACUCGCUUUAUUAAAAUAAGAGCUGGUUAUAUUGAUUGUAAACGUUGCAUGUCGAUUUCAUUACUUGAAAAUUAAUAGUCGAGCAAACAAGUUGUCUGUCGAGCCUUAAACUUAUUGAUUUUUUUCAAAUCGUAUCCAUUAAAAUAUAACCAUAUGUCGUUUCGACUUAGAUAAAAGUUAAAUAAAACUCGUUUACUAGUCAAUAGUAAUAUUUCAACCGAUUCGUUACUUGAUUUGCUUGGUAAAAACUAUGAUGUUUAUUUAAUAAAGAAAUAUAUGUUUUA